AUGUUUCCGGAGCGAUGUCUAAAAGCGCAAUGUUCGGUGGUGUUCCAUCCAGAGUGUCCGGCCGAUUCGCGGCAAGUCAUUCUUCCACCGCCACCUGGAGAAUGUUGUGGACGACCGGGAACUUGCCACUGUGAUUUGCAGAAAUGCGAAGCGUUUGUUCCGGUCUGUGAAGAGGGUAUGGAGCGUGUUCUGGUGAAAGAGAGGGUGGAAAUCAGCCCGGAUCGUGUUGUGACGUGUUCGAAUGUCGGAAACGAGUGCGAAUCGUUCCGCUGUCCACCACAAGUGUUCGACGAAGACGAAGGCGUUGAUUGCCCACCGGACAGUAUUCGUCCUGCCGAGCAUGUACCACCUGGAAUGUGCUGCCCUAUAAGACCUGGAUGUCGAUGUCGAGCAGCCGUAUGUCGCCCAGCUGUCUGUGAUGAAGGCAAGCGGCUACAUAUCAUUCGAAAGGGUACUGGAACACCAGGACGAUGCUGCGAUGAAUGGAAGUGCGAAGACGAUCCGCAGUUACUUUCGAAAUCGUGUAUUCGUGAUGGAAAACGUAUUCGGAUGGACAAGAAUGGCACACCUCAUCAUGUGAAGUUUGUCGAUGUAAGAAGGGAGUCGCCGUGUGUAGCAAAAUGA